GUUAGAGUAUGUCCCCAGUGCAAGGACAUGAGGCACACUUGUUCUACCCAGUGCUUCAAAUAGUGCGUGCUACUAGAGAGAGGAAUGGGCUACCAACGCUUCCUGGUGUUUGUUUCGUUGAAGGCCUUCUUGACAUGCCUCUCUAUUGUCGAGUGCACGCAACCGCAAGUUGGUUUCACAAUUGAGGCAUACGUCAUUGUCGACAGCGUAUUAAAUAGGCACAUAAAAGAAGCAGGAAACACAGUGCAGAUGUAUCUGCUUCAGUUAUCUAGGCAGCUUAACUUUAUAUUAAAACAGCUUCCACGCCCUGGUUCACUCGUCAUCACGGGAUUUCAUGCUACAGAUGCGCGCAUGGAUCCUUACAGGAUACCCGUAGACGGAAGUGACCUCGUCUCCACUAAGGUGUCAUCAGAAGCUGCUUAUUACACCUAUAUUACAAAUAUUAACUUAGUAGCCGAUGUCGUGCUCGUAUUUAUCGGACGGACUAUGUAUGGUUACGUUGACUGGAGGCAAGUAAUUGUCAAUGGUAUCACCGCUAUAAAAUCAGCUUGCUCACGAAGGAACGUUGUCGUUAUCUCGGGAAACAGAGACUUCAAGUUGGUUGUUUCGACGGUCGCUCAUGAACUGGGACAUGCUCUAGGUGCUGUUCACGACGGGGUCGAUACAUCGAAGCAUUGUUCAGCAAGUGAGCGGCACCUAAUGGCUCCAUCCUUGGGUUUCAACCGAAUGUUGACAUUUUCUAUAUGCAGCAAGAAAGACAUCGCAACAUUCUUGUCGUAAGUUUUCUCAUAACAU